GGCACAGCGCCUCGCAUUAGCGGAUCUCGGUAGCGAGCAGACGAAAUGAGUUGCGUCGAUUUUAUGUAUCAGUUCUAUUCGCCGUAUUUCUCCUACAAAUCCCCAGCAGAGGAUGCUCAGAAGUACCCAGGCCAGUCUCUCUACGAUGCAGGAAUCUCCUCAACCGCAGGGCCGGGAGGAGGGGGAGGGGGAGGAGGAGGAGGAGGAGGGAGUGGGAAUUUUCUGGACAGUGGUCACCACCACCCCCACCACCCCCACCACCACCUGCUCGACAAAGAUUCCCGAGAGCUGGACAAAGCCGCCCAGCCCAAGGCCACCCAUUAUCUGACCACAAACUGUGUUCUGUUCACGUACUUCAGCGGGGAGACAUCAGCGGUCGUAGACGAGCACUUCUCACGCGCUCUCAGCCAGCCCAGUAGCUACACAUUGGAUAAGCCCCCACCCGCCAACAAACCUUACAACAGAUCUGAGACCCCGCUAAUGUGUCACAGAAAGCUCCCUCCCUCCUUCUGGAACUCCGCCUACCAGCCUCCCUGCAACAGCAGCAGCAGCAGCAACCACAACUUCGCCCUAGGGGCGGACGCCUACUUCCCUUCGUCCCUGUACAACUUCCACAAGACCUGGCCUUACCACUACGGCUCACAGUCACACACCUACCCGCAUCCUCAGGUUUGGAUCUCCCCCUUCAGCAAGCUAAAAAAGAACACUACUGGUGAUACCCGCCCCAUCCACCCACCCACCCAUAUUAUUCAUGACAGGUCAUUACAUCGGAGGAAGGGGGGCGGGGCACUGCAGUACGCUGACAAAACACCUUUUUCUUAUUGACAGCAGUUUUGAGAAAUCAGCUUUUUUUCGUUUUUCUUAUAAUAUCUCAACUAUUUGCACAAUACAUCAACGAUAGAUCUUGCACCCUGAAGAGAAAUGUCAUUCAUUCCCUGUGCUCGACAGAAAUAAUAAGAAAACCAAAAAUCGUUGAUUUUUCAAAACUGCUGUGAAUAAGAAAAAUGUGUUUUAUAAGAGUACGGCGGGGCACUGGUUUGCUGGACUUUGCUGGACACUGGUCAUCCCCAUCUGCGUGGUGCACUUCAGUUGAUGACGUCGACCGACAGGGCUGAGCCAGGUUCAAAAUACUUCGUUUCUGACGGUGAGCUGCGAAGAGCAAAGUCAAUGAGAAGAUGCCACGUGAUUUUGUCACGCCUUCCAUCACGUUAGAGUGAAGUCAAGUCAUUGGCACGUGACAUUAUCAGUGUGUGGGGGGGGGGAUGUCACGUGAUGUUUUUACGUCAGAGUGAAGUCAAGUAAAAGUACAGUAUCUGCUCAACGUGGCGUGCGUCACGUGAAUAUGUAAGGCAGCGUGGUGGAAUCAGGCCCUCUUCAAAAUAAUCAAAGUGAAGAAACUU